CAGAAACUGUGGAGAGAAGACCGCAAGAGACAGAAAGAGUGUGAAAGCUGUCCUGUGGAGGGAGAGACCGACUGUCUCAAGCAUUGAAUUAGGAUGUUUGUUCUCAUCUGGGCGACUCUGCUCUUCUCUGUGAGAGGCAGCAAUGCAGGUGCAUCAGUGAGGGAAAGACAACACUGUCCGUAUGGAUUCUGUAUAACUCUUACUGAAAGAGAAAUAACAGCAGAGGCUGGACUCUGUGUUGUGAUACCAUGCUCUUUCACUACUCCUGAUAGCUUCAUAAUCCAACAUACAGUUUGGUACAAAUGUGAACCAAAUAAACAGAGAUGUGAUGAUUCUGACAUAAUAUUCGACACAAACAAGAACAACAGAAACGUUCAGCCUGGGUUCAAAGGACGAGUGUCGCUGUUGGAGUCUGACCAGAGUCAAAAAAACUGCAGCAUCGUCAUCAAUGACCUCACUGCUUCAGAUUCUGGAUCAUAUCAACUCAGAGUUAAAGAUGUCCAGUAUUGGAAUCCAAAUGGAUUUACCUUCUCUUCUAGAGCAACUGUCUUUGUCAAAGAUCUGAGUCAGAAGCCCACAGUGAUGAUUCCUCCACUGACUGAGGGACAGCAGACCACACUGACCUGCACUGCUCCUGGUCUCUGCUCUGGAUCUGUUCCUACAAUCACCUGGAUGUGGAGAGGAACAGGAAAGAAUGACUCUCACAUUACAGGAGACAUCAUGACUGAGAAUCUGGCUGUUGUCACACAGAGACACAGCUCAACUUUGACCUUUAACUCUUCAGCUGAACACCAUGGCACCAAUGUGACCUGUAAGGUCAGCUUCACAGGUGACACAACUACAGAGGAGACGGUGACUCUGAAUGUGACCUAUAUGAAGAAACCUGGCAUCACUGAGGAUGCAACUGUUAAGGAAGGUGACACUCUGAAUCUGACCUGCAGUGUUGAAAGUUUCCCUCCGUCUCUGAUCACAUGGACUAAACUUGGCCUCAACACAAACCUACAAAAUGGAAUUGAUGCUAACUUGCAAAACGACACUGGACUAUCCACACUUAUCAUCCCUAACGUGACAGCAGAACAUUCUGGGCGUUACAUCUGUACAGCAAAGCAUGUGGACAGUACUCCGACUGUAUAUGUUGAUGUAACUGUGACUUGGUUUGCAAAGAUCCUAAAUGGCUCUGGAUGUGUGGCUCAGUCGACAGUUCUGACCUGUGGGUGUAUCAGUCAGGGGGUUCCCUUACCCAGCAUUAAAUGGCCGCUGAUGAAGAACCACAAUGAGUACUCUGUCAUUACCACUGUGUCGGACCACACAGUCAACAGCACCAUCACCCUAACUGUAAAAGACCACAGUAACACUGCUGUUGAGUGUGUCAGCAGCAAUGAAAAUGGAGAAGCAAAAGAAAAACUCACCAUCAUCCAAAUGAACAUGCCAGAACAAGAAGGUCCUGUGCAACAUUGCAGACCUGACAGCGCAGUCCUUCCCUGGGCCGUUGCUGGUGUAUCUCUAAGUGUGAAUGUCUUCAGCAUAAUCUACGUGAUGUUCCUUUGGAACGUCAGAAAAAAGGUGAAACCAAACGAGGCCGACAGAACAUACAUGUCACUGAGGAAAAUAGACCAAUCAGCAGAGUAUGAUGUUAUUGCCCCCCAUCUGAACUGA